AACCCGCAGCUCCGCUUCCAGAGCCUCACAGAGCGCCUCACAGCUCACUCCCGCUCACAGAACCGGGCGAGUUCUCACCCAGACUGUCCUCACUUUUACCGAACAGAACUUCAGCCAGCAUGUCUGACACGUACGAUGAUAUUCUGAUGAAUCUGGUCAACAUUGGUUUAAACGACCACUUCCUCCAGGAGCACGUCAAACCGACUCCGCCCCACCGACCAUCGCUUUUCUCUGCCAAGAGCCUGAGCUCUGAGCAGUUGAGCGAUGAGUGGCCUUUCGACAUCUGGAGCGAGAACUCGCCUAGCACCCCCCAGUUGCCCUACCGGGCGGACCGAUCCAUGAGCCUCACUGACAGCCUCACCUCCCUGCCCGCCUUUGGCAAACCCAAGGCUGCUGAAGUGCCUCCUCCACCCGGCUUCCCCCCACUGGCACCACAGCCGUCCAACCGCUACAAGACAGAGUUGUGCCGCAGCUUCCAGGAGCACGGCACCUGCAAGUACGGCAACAAGUGCCAGUUCGCCCAUGGCGAGAACGAGCUGCGCGGUCUCUACCGGCACCCCAAGUACAAGACGGAGGCGUGCCGCACCUUCUACAACUUCGGAUACUGCCCGUACGGAAGCCGCUGCCACUUCAUCCAUGAAGAUAAAGCCUCCGACCGCAGGAGCAGCCAGCACUCGCACCAGAUCCCCACACAGCACCCACGGCUCCUCCGCCAGAGUGUCAGCUUCGCCGGCUUCCUCGGAGCUCGCAGUGCUUCUCCCCCAACCUCCUACGAGCCCACCGGCUUCACGCGUGCCCCUUCUGUCUCACCACCACCAGCAGAUUCCGGCAUCCUGUCUCCUGUCUUUUCUGACGCCUCCCGUGACAUGUUCACCUUCCCGCAGGUGAGGAGGGGCGGGGCUGUCAUCACCGCAGAGAUGCAGCCUCGCAGGUCAUCCUGCUGCGUGUGCCAUGGCCACGGAAAUGGCAACGGAAACAGCUUCCAGGCCACGGCGGCACCGCACGGCAAAGAGAACCGACUCACCAUGCAGCGCUUCCCCUCUGACGACUCACUGUCAGACCGUGAGAGCUACAGCAGCAGCGGCUCAGAGUCACCAACCUUCGACAGUGCAAGCGGCAAGCGCCUCACCGUCUUCGCCCGGAUGUCAGUUUCUGAAUAGAGGACUAAAAAGUGUAAAACAUGGAAUAUACACACAAAAAAGUUCCCCAGUCAAUCGAUGUGCUUUACGAGGGCUGUAAGACAUCACCAGCUCUUAACUGUAGUAAUAAUACUGAUAAUGAUAGGCUAGUACUGUUGUUAAUUUGCCUUAAAAAUCAAAUAACAGACCAGGGACUUUUUUUAUUUUAAUGCUGAUCCAGGCACAGCACGGUCCACAGUCGAGUGUUGAUCUAAGGCUGAUCUUCAGUCCAGUCAAUGACUAACUGAAAGAACCCACUGGAUGAGUAUGCUCGGUACUGGGGGCUUUGCUGUGCAGUCCAAACAAUCCAAACAAAGCUAUGUAGCUCUGUUUUUAAAAUGGUAUUGUCUUUGAUUUUGUACUCUACCCUCAUGUCUUCCAUUCUGCUUGCUUGGCUGUGCAGUUUCUGUUCUGCAAAACAGAUAAAAACACUGGGCAGAAUCCGCAAACAGUGAUAAAAGGACUCGAGCUGAGCUCGGGCCUAUACAAUCAUUCCUUAACCUUCAGCUGACACAACAGAAACGAUCCUAAACCAGCAAUGUGACAAACUUGAAACAAAAAAGCAAUGCUAAUGAUUAGCUAUACAGACAUACUCACUAAAAAAUGCACUUUACACAUCAUGAACUGGGAGAAAUGUAGCAUUUAACCAAAGCAUUAUGAUCUCAUCAUGUGCCUGUUCUGACUUUUAUAUCAAAAUGUUUUUAUUUCUAUUUUUUAAGAAAUUGCUGUCCCCCAGCACACGACAAAUCUUAAAUCAAUGUAUUUAUGAUUUAUUAUCUGUUGGACAACGACCUGUCUGAGUUGGGUCCGUAUUCAACACUUGUUUAUUUUCAUUAUCAGGGAUUGUAACAUUACAGUAUUUCUCUAUUUUCAUUUGCUUUCAUUUGCAUUUGUUAUUAUUUUGUAAUUGUACAAACUUAUAUAAGUAUUUAUUAAGUAUUUAUUGAGAAAAAAAGUUAUAUUAACAAUGUAUUUUGUACUUAUUUAUCAAACCUUGUCCAGGUACGAGAAGUGUUGCCAGAGAAUGUUGUUGGAUUUAUUCCUAAUUAACCAAAAAUUAUGAAAUAAAUGCCAAAUGUCAAAAGAUAA